AAAAAAACGUUUCCGCGUCGUCAUUUAAAACAAGCUAGUACCACGUUUUAGGGUUCACACCGUUUUUUCCCUUUUGUGUGCUCGUGUUUCGCUAUCUCUCUCCUUUUAUUUCUCUUCUUUGCAAUUCCGAUUUUCAAGCCAAUUUCAGGGAACAUCAUGAGGAGGUACAGCCCUGGGUAUUACAGUCCCCCAAGAAGGGGAUAUAGUAGUCGAGGAAGGAGUCCACCAAGAGGUGGAUAUAGCCCUCCUAGGAGAGGCUAUAGUCCCCCUAGAAGAGGAUAUGGUGGUGGUGGAAGACGCAGAGAGGUAAAUCAUGGAAGCUUGUUGGUUCGCAACAUUCCUUUAGAUUGCAGACCUGAAGAACUUCGAGUUCCUUUUGAAAGAUUUGGGCUUGUUCGUGAUGUCUAUAUCCCAAAGGAUUAUUAUACAGGGGAACCUCGUGGCUUUGCCUUUGUGCAGUUUGUGGACGGUUAUGAUGCUUCAGAAGCUCAAUAUCAUAUGAAUGGGCAAAUUUUUGCUGGACGGGAGAUAAGUGUAGUUGUUGCUUCAGAAUCAAGAAAACGCCCCGAGGAAAUGCGUCGGAAGACCAGGCAAAGAAGUGGUGGUCCUAGAUAUGGAGGACGAAGAUCCCCUGCAUACAGACGCUCUCGUUCACGAUCAGUUUCUCGCUCACGUUCGCCUCGCUAUCAUUCUAGUUCUAGAGGGGGUCAUCGCUCUAGAUCCUAUUCUCCUUCUCCUAGGAGACGCGAAGAAUAUUCACCUUCCCCUGGUAGAAGACCUGUUGAUCAUACAGGAUCACCCGGAGAAUCUCCACGUAGAGAUCAUGAGGAUUGGAAUGAGGCUGCAAAUGGGAAAGCUAAGUAUGAAGCGGAGGAAGGACAUCUCCGAGAUUCUCCAAGGCGGGUUUCGAGAUCACCAUCUGGUUCAAGAUCUCGAUCACCAGAUGCUUAACCUGUGUGAUAAACGGCAGGAUGAUGGGACCAUGAUCUGCAGAACAGCUUAUAUUGCAUGCUCUUUUCUAAUAUGAAUGUGCAUCGUAUUUGACCUAGAUAUGUGAUUAUGUUAACUAGUCACGUGCUGAUUCUUCGAAAUCGUGUACUUUAUGUUAAUCAACCCUUCUAUAGUACUUUUGUCAUCCGUAUGGAUGAACUUAGCUUAUUGCUUAUUAAGGAUCCUGAGACGUGUUUUAUGAAACAGCUAAGAUAGGAACUUCUCUUCUAUUAUGGUUGCGUAUUUAGGAAUUAUUUAGCAAAGCUGUUGCAAUUUAUUUAUGUUGAAUUUGUAUCGAUUUCAGUCAAUAUUGAUUGUAAUGGAUGUUGAAUCAGACCGUCAUGUUUAGACUUUUUCUAUUUUAACUCGUUUACGUAA